GUCGUUGUGAUCCCAAUGGGUGUCAACGCGGUACCCAAACUUCACUUCAUUGAAGAGCCCAGUCAAGACGUCCGAUUUUCCAAAUCCACAGGGAUUUCCAUUCGAUGUGUGGCUGUGGGCGAUCCUGAUCCGACCUUGGAAUGGCGUGUUCUACCCUCUGGUUCCGCUUUGACUUCGGCUCAAUUAGCCAGUGCGUUAUUGUCUCUUUCCGAAGACAACACAACUUUGACGUUCCACCCAUUUUCCGCGGAACGCUACUCAUCCCAAAUCCACGCUCAACGCUUUCAAUGCGCUGCCACAAGUUCUAAUGUUGGAACCAUUGUUAGUGCACCCGUCAACGUCCGUGCGGUUGUGGAUCAGGAUUAUGAAUUGCAAGUCUAUCCGUCGUAUGCCUACUUAGGAAAUACAGCCGUGGUGAAAUGUCUCAUGCCUCCGUAUGUGAAGGAAUUUCUGGAAGUUUCCACUUGGAUGUGGGGAUCUGAAUUAAUCACAUCUGACAUUGAACAAGGCGGAAGAUUCUCAGUUUUCCCCGAUGGCGAGCUCCACAUUCGCAAUGUGACAACCCGAGACGGAAGUGAAUCAUUCCGAUGCCUGGCCAAACAUAAACUCACGGGAGUGAAGACUGCGAGCUCUAUCGCAGGAAGACUCACCGUUCAAAACAUCCUGGAGGCUGGAACAAUUCCCGUCAGGAUCCCAAGCACUCGUUCCCACAUUAGAGCCAAAGUGGGAACCACCGCGGAACUCCCUUGUGUCGGGAUUGGUCUGCCAGUUCCAAAAUACACCUGGUUUCGGAAUGGCCAUCAAAUCUUUCCUGACCCCCAACGAGGCAUGAAAAUGUUCUCAGGCUCGCUUUUGCUCUCCAACGUAAGCGAGGAAGAUCACGGAGCUUGGACUUGUCGAGUGGAGAACCCCUUGGGAUCCGAGGAGACCACGAUUACCCUUCACGUUUACAGUGAUGUGAGAGUCCUAAUCCAGCCCGAACGACAACGAGUUGAUGUAGGUAUCGAGGCAAGAUUACUUUGUGCUGUGGAAGGAUUUCCAUUAAGCUCCAUCACGUGGCUGAGAAAUGGCCUCCCAUUGCCACCUCGGCGUAUGGACUCUUCAAGCAAUGCCAUCCGAACUCCUAUCCAAAUCUCUGGAGACAAAAAGGCUCUCUUAAUUAAGUCCGUGGCACGAAAAGACCGGGGGAUGUACCAAUGUUUUGUGGGGGCCAAUCCACUUGGCACGCCCUAUGAAGAAAGAGGGUUAGCUGGAGAUUGGGAGAUUUUCGCACAUGCCUCUGCCCUACUCGAACUUGGAGAUUCCAUUCCGGUAGUCCUUCCCACGUUCCAUGAGAGAGUGAUCGAACCAGGACGGCCACUCACUCUCGAAUGUUCCGCCACUGGCACACCCAGACCCAAUAUUCGCUGGCUUUUGGAUGGAACACCACUCACGUUCGAUACAAGCGCUUCGUUCUCGCUGACAUUAACAAAUGAAACCAGUUCCCGGGCUCGCCUGUCUCUGCGCAUCUCGAGAAUGAGAUUGGACCAAGGGGGCUUCUACAAGUGCGAGGCUUCAAAUUACCUGGGCCAUGCCACGAGGGCUAAGAGGGUGGAUGUCUAUGGGCCACCCUAUGUGCGACCCAUGGAAGAGAGAAGUGUGGUGGCUGAGGCAGAUGCGUGGUUCCAUUGUCCUUACAGCGGUUAUCCCAUCCAACGAAUUUCUUGGAGCAAAGAUGGUGAACCUCUUCCCACUAAUGAGCGUCAGGCAUUAUUUGCUAAUGGAUCACUCCGCAUUAAUCACGUGGUCCGCAAUGAUGCUGGUCACUACGUUUGCGAGGCAUUCAACUCCAAAGGCGAGAGAGCGAAAUCAAAACUCGAGGUCAAAGUCAUGGUCGCACCAAGGAUCGAACCGUUUCAAUUCAAAUCUGGCUUGCAAGAGAGAGGCCGCACGAGGGUAGUUUGUACAACUAGUUUGGGCGAUCUGCCAAUUUCAUUUGCGUGGUACUUCAAUGAUGAGCCCUUGACUCAAAGCAACGAUGAGGGAAUUUCCAUCAACACGUUCGACGAUUUCACCAGUUCACUCUCAUUUCCCAAUUUGAGGACCACCCAUUCCGGAAACUACACUUGCGUGGCCAAGAAUGCUGCUGCAAAAGCUUAUCACUCUGCAACCCUAAUGGUGAACAUCCCUCCCAAGUGGAUGGCGUUCCCUCUGGACCAAAAUGUCAUGUUGGGCAGCCCAGUGAGUUUGGAUUGUAAAGUUACCGGGAUUCCACCGCCCAGUAUAACGUGGAGCAAAUCCAUAGAGGACAGCCAAACCACCGGGGAUGGUUCCAGGGCAAAGUUUCAAGACAUCUACACCAUCAUGAGUAACUUUCGCGUUCAUCCCAAUGGAACCCUGAUGUUGAGUGAUGCCACAGCGGAAAAUGAGGGCAAAUACCUUUGCAAAGCAGACAAUGGCGUGGGAGAGCCUGUGAGCAAGUUGGCUGAGCUCACCAUCAAUGUUCCAGCCACGUUUGCUGUCACUCUGGAAAACCAAAGCAUUACAGUGGGUACUAAAAGCGCUGCCAUUGAGUGUCCAGUUAGCGGAGACAAUCCGAUUACGGUGGAAUGGACCAGAAAUGGGAUGCCAAUUCUUCUUAGCGAUCCUCGGAUGAAGAUUAAGGAAGAGCCACUCAGUAACGGCUUACUAUCCAAGCUGGUACUACCCAAAGUAAGACGGGAGGAUACGGCCUCCUUUGUUUGCUCGGCUUCUAAUGCAUUUGGAAGCAGUCAAAGGAUCGUUCAUCUCAUUGUCCAGGAACCCCCUGAGGUGCCUAUUGGGCUUUCUGUUGUCAGCUUCUCGUCGAGAACUGUCAAUCUCACGUGGAUUCCUCCUUAUGACGGUAGGAGUCCCAUCACCGCCUAUCUAGUCGAAUACAAGAAGGCCUUCCGGCCCUGGAAUGAGGCGGAGAGCCACACCUGUUCAGGGUUAUCCGAUUGGACAGAACUCCAUACGCUAAAACCAGCCUCGUUGUAUCAUCUUCGCCUGAUUGGUAUCAAUGCAAUUGGCCGAUCCAAUCCGACGCCUCCAAUUGUGAUAUCAACCAAGGAAGAAGCUCCCGAAGGCCCUCCAAAUAAUGUGGCUGGACAGGCAAAUGGUUCCCAAGCUCUCUUUGUUACCUGGGAGCCUCCCGACACGAACCUUCAGCAUGGCGAAAUAUUAGGCUAUUACCUCGGCUACAAGGUCACAAAUUCCAGCGAUCCUUACCGCUACCAAACGUUGGAAAUUACCAAAUUUGAAGACUUUGGUAUUGAACAUCAUAAAGCUCGGAAACUGGAGCUCCACAUCACCCACUUGAAAAAGUACACUCAAUACAGCAUUGUGGUCCAGGCCUACAAUCGCAUGGGUGCAGGGCCCAAACACCACGAGAUCAUACUGAGCACUGACGAGGAUGUGCCCAGCUCACCCCCGCGAAGUGUCCAAUGCACCGCCUUAUCCUCCACCAGUUUGCUCAUCAUGUGGUCUCCGCCACCGGUUAAGGACAUGAACGGCAAGCUCCAAGAGUACCGAGUGGCCUACAGACCCCUUCGGGAAUGGGAAGCAAGAAAUACUCAUUUCCGUCCGUGCGUAUGUAAACGUGCUGGUGUCAUCUAUCUUUUACGCUUGAGAAUCCUGGUGAAGCGAAUCCAGAUAAUUGCAAUGUUACUAUGUUCCCUAUUCGUUCAUUCUGAAGCCUCGGGAAAGGUCCACAAACGAGUCAAGAAGUGUCUACCUCUUCCAACAACCAUUCGUGGGGCAUCAUCCCAGAGGUGGUGUACUCUGUGCAUUUGCUCUCGGUUGAUCGAUAAUCAAGUCAUUACAUUACCCUCAGGAGAGCAAGUGGAGAUUCAUGAGCAAAGCACCAUGCAGCAACAAAUCACGUUGUACGGCUUGGAGAAAUAUCAGAACUACUCGGUCCAAGUAGUGGCCUCAACACACGUUGGUCAAGGCCUCAAAAGCCGGUCAAUUUAUUGCCGCACCAAAGAAGAUGUUCCCAGCUCCCCAGCCAACAUCAAAGCCAUAGCCAGUGAUCAAAACACGGUUUUAAUCUCUUGGAUUCCUCCCGAGUAUCCUAAUGGUGACCUGACACACUACUCGGUCUUCAUGAAGACCAUGGAGAGUGGGCGCCAGUUCACCCAACACUUCGAGGUGUACCCGCCAAACACGAUGUUCUCUGUGCGAGGGCUUAAUCAGAAUCAGCCGUACAGCUUCUGGGUGACAGCCAGUACCUUACCCGGAGAAGGGCCGGAGUCCGAGAUCGUGGCUGAGACGCCUCAAACCCCGCUGCCCGCAUCUAUUGCAAGCUUCUCGCAAAAAGUUACCCACGCCCUCAAGGAAGAGGUGCGAUUGUUCUGCACCUCAGUGGGCCAACCUAAGCCUAUUAACUCUUGGAGUUUUAACGAGCGGGAGUUGCUGCCAAAUCCAAGGAUCCGCCUCGAGUCUUCCAACACAGUGUUGCGGAUUUUGGCCGUCCAAAUGAAUGACGUGGGCAAUUAUUCGUGUUCGGCCCAGAAUCACUUCGGCCAAGACCAGAUCACCUACCAACUCGUUGUCAAGUUGAGCCGAAAUAAUGGUGUUCCCCCCGCGCCGCCCAAACUCAACGUCCUUGAUACGUCGAGUAAUUCCAUCAUUUUGGGUUGGAUGCCGUCUGCAGAUGGAGGAUCCCCAUUAUUGGCCUAUAACUUGCAUUACCAUUGCGAGUUUGGAGACUGGGACCGCGUCGAAGUUCAUCCGGACACGCUCAACUAUACCUUCCGCAGUCUCAAAUGUGGCGCCAAUUAUCAGUUCUACAUUCAGGCUGUGAACGAUUUUGGAGUUGGGGAACGCACGGAGACGAUCUCGGCUUACACCUUAGGCGAGGCACCCAUUCCUCCGCGCACCAAAUCUUUAAUUGCGGCCAACUCUACUUACAUUGCACUCAACCUGAGCUCAUGGCUCAAUGGUGGUUGCCCAAUAUCCAGUUUUGUGGUCGAGUAUCGAAAGCAAAUCGAUGUUCUACUCUACCGAGGGAAAACGGAGUGGCAUUUGGUGAAUAAUAACGUGCGUUCAGAUAUCAAGGAGUUCUUGAUCUUGGAUCUCAGUCCCGAGACCAAGUAUGAGUUAAAGAUCACAGCUCACAACGCUGCUGGUUCCACGGUGGAAGAAUACGACUUCACCACAUUGACCUUUUCAGGAGCCACGGUUGCUCCUGAAUUGGUCAUCCAUUCCGAAUACAGUGGAUUGUUCUUCACCAACCCAGCCGUGAUCAUCCCCUUGUUUUUGACCAUUGUCAUCGUGGCGGUUGUGAUGACUUUGCUCAUCCAUCAUUUCAGAAAAAAUAUCAUGAGCGAAGCCCCCGGUAUGAAAUGCCAUCAACGCUCUCAACUUCUGGGUGACGAUGGAUCUCACCAAUGCAUGCCUUCGUUGCCCCAUCCUCAAAAUGAAGGAGGAGGAGGAGGUGGUGGUGGUGGUCCCGGUGGCUCAGCAGUGGAGGGAGCUUAUAAUGCCAUUAGCUAUUCUAAUUAUCCUGCAACGUCCACAUUCGGUACAACAACCGUGAAUGGGAAUGGAAGGACUGGCCGACGAGCACGUGGGUCCAUGCACUCCAAAUCGCCACCUCAGCCAAUGGCUGAUGAGUCUUAUCAGGCUCAAAUGAUCAUGAAUACCCUUCGACGACAGCAACUCUAUCAUCAACAGUUUGAGUCUCGUUCCAAUGAUCUCUCGAAUGACCCAUAUCAACGUCCUCCAAACAAUAACACUUUGACCCGAUUGAAUAACCUUCAACACGUUGAAAGGCACCCAUUGCCAUCCCAGGACCUGCAUUCCGCUAGCCGGGCUGGAUUCCAUCGAUCCAGCGCAAUUUCCCCUAGUUUCUCCGAUAUGGAGGCUACCCACAACGGCGAGCCACCCGCUCAAGACCAUGAUCCGGCUCUGAUGGACGCCAAUAUCACCCAGUUUUGCUCUAUCAUCGGCUGUGAACCGACUCAAGCCAAAGCAUUUCUCGAGCUGAGCGGAGGAUCGUUGGCCAUGGCCAUCAAUAUGCACAUGGAGGGCGUUCAAGUCCCGGAAGGGCCGGCCCUCUCAGGGAACGCGUCCCCAAAUGGAACCGAGGCUGCAGGACCCUCACAGCCCUGGCUCGAUGACGAUGGCGUGCGAGCUCCCAUACCCCAGAAAAGGGAGACCUUGGUCGAAGCCGGAUAUGAAGGAUAUCGUAUCAACAAGGGCGCGGCCGGCGCCGGUGGAUCCCGCCAAAGCCGAGUUCGAACGGUCUUUGAUGGAUUUCGAAAUUUCAAUUCCGAAGCCAAAAGUUAUGGCUCUCAAGAUGGUCCGUUACCCGCUGGUCGAGGCAAAAAGCCUACGCUAGAGGAACUGUUCAAACCACCCUUGGAUAUCAUGUACAAAGGGGAUUGGCCUUCGGCCCGCGAAAGUGCGGCGCAAACCCAGAAAUGGCUCUUGGUCAACAUCCAAGACCCGGGCGAGUUCCAAUGCCAAAUGCUCAACCGGGAUGUGUGGUCUAGCAUAGCCGUCAAGACCAUUGUUCGUGAGCACUUUGUCUUUUGGCAGCAGUACAAGGAGUCUGAAGAUGCCCAACGUUACAUGGCCUACUAUCCUAUUCACGUGUGGCCGCAUGUGGCAGUGCUGGAUCCCCGCACGGGCGAGUCCCUCGUCACGUGGAAUAAGAUUUUAGACGCCUCGUGCUUUUGUGAUCUCGUUGCCGCCUUCCUUCAUUUACACCCAUCUUUAGAACAAUCCAACGGCUCCCACCCAGGAGGUGAACCGUCCAAGAAGAAGCUCAAAAAGAAUAGUAGUAUUAUAGACGCUGACGAAGACUCUCAGUUGGCUGCGGCCAUUCAGGCCUCCUUAUCCCAAAACACGGGUCUCCAACUUUCCUCCGAAGUCCUGUCUGACGAUUCUGAUGUUGAUGUUUUGAGUGAUAAUGACACGGACGAUGAGUUGGACCCUGUCACUCCCAUCGUCAAGGUUUCGGCUUUGACUGAAGACCCAAAUUCAAAUACCAAUGGCGGACUUAUGACCGAUGUGGAAAACAAUACCAUUGAUAAUUCGAAGCAAACCCAUCAACUUGAUGAUGAUGAUGACGAAAAAGAAGAUCGACAUUGGACUGAUUAUUUGGGAUCUGCAGAAGACGAAAAAAGUCAUCUUCUGAUACGGUUUCCCGAUGGGAAAAGGGAAAAAAAGGACUUGCCAUGUUCAAGUCCAUUCAUUGCCAUUAUUAAAUACAUUGUUGGCGAGGGCUAUACUCUCGAUUCUCAUGAAAUCGUCACCAACUUUCCUCGGCGAGUACUCACCGACUUAGAGGAUUCAAAGUCGUUAAAGGACCUCGGAUUAUUUCCAAAAGAAACGAUAUUUAUUCAGCAGAAAUCAUAACUGCUACCCACAAAAGACUGCUACCACUGUCUCAUACUCAUGUGAAGAAGUUUGGAGAGGAACCACCCCCCACCAAACGGAAGAGGAUGCAACAAGGCGAAUAAGACUACAAUUUCCAUGAAUAAAUUGAUCACUGCCAAAGAACUGGA